AUGCGUUCUAAACCAAUAUGUUAUGCAUGCAAUAAUGGGGAUUUGAAUCUCGUUCGAGAACUUGUGGAAUAUGCUUACGCAGAUAUUAAUCAAAGUGGUAUCUUAACGAUUGCUAUUGAGAAAACUUAUGAAGCUCUGGUCGAUUAUGUAUUAAGUCAAGGAUAUAACUAUCACGUUGAGUAUCUAUUGCAAGAAACUUCUAGUGUUGGCUAUCUUGGAACUACCAACGGUCUUUUGAAAUAUGGCGCUGAUACCGAUAUACGGAUUUAUGAUGGACACACUGCCCUUGAUUUUGCUAUUUUGGGAAGACAUAUCGAUGUUGCCAAAGCCCUUCUGUUGCAUAAACAUGGUCAUAUCAAAACAAACGGUGAUAAUUUCACACCGAUGAUGUUAGCCGUACAUCAUGAUUUAAGACCUAUUGUUGAUUUACUUUUUCAAAUCUUACCAAUCGAUCGAGCUGUUGGCGAUCUACUACGAGUAGCUUGUCGAUAUACAAUCGAUCUUAGUAUAGCAAAUCGUGAGAAGACAUUGUAUUUUUGUCAACAAGGCUUAUGCAGGAAACAACCAUCAAAUAAUUCCGUGCUUUACCAAGUUUACGACUUUUGCCAAGAAUGUCAAACAUUCGAUCAAUUAGAGUCCAUACGAAAUGAUGAUAAUGCAAUACGUAUGAAUGCUUUACUUGUCAGCGAAAAACAUUUUCUUCAACAUGGAGAUGCUGCUAUCUAUAUUGGUUUCAUUGAGACACAGUGCUUUUAUAAUCGCAGUCAUCAUUUAUUUUAUCGUUCUCUUCAAUUACGUACACAUAAAAUUCGUCUUUUCACGUUCUUCACACUAACAUCGUGUUCUUCUACUUGCCGUUCCUCGUGA